AUGGCUUCAUUGUUGUACACAAGACGGUUCAAGUUUUAACUUUGACUUCGAUUUUCUCCAGAUCUGUCGGCCAAAAAAUUUUUUGAAUUGGACAAAUAGACUCAAUUUUCAUGUCCAUACAAACCAACAGAAUCUAAAUCUGAAAUGAAUUAAUUUUUGCCCGUUUUUGCCUAUUCGUGUCAAUUUUGCAAUUGUGUCUUUUGUGUACCAACCUUAAUCGACAAGAGAUGGCAUCUUUUCAAUUAUUAAUAUAUUAAUGAUAAAAUGUAUCAAAGUCCAGUGCAACAGAGUGAUAAAAUCAAAAAUUAUAAUAAUCUGUUACAAUCAAACAUUUCUAUAUUGAUUUUGUACUGUAAUCUGCCCUUCAAGAAAAUUUAAAAUUUUGUGUUUUCAUUUAAAUUGGCCCAUAACCAUGGAUUCAAUGGAAACUGAUCAGCUAACAAUUGUGAAUCGAUCACGGACACACCAUAUUAGUAAAAAACUAAUUAUCAGUAAGAUACCCUAUUUUGAAACAUUGCUUCGUAAUGGUUCAUUCAUGGAAUCAAAGAAAAACAUGGUCAAACUGAAUUUAGAUGAACAAGCUUUCCAAGCGUUUCUAACUUGGGUUGAAUCCGAUCAUUUAUUGAUCAAAAUGGAAACCUUGAUAAACCUAAUCACCAUAAUGGAUUAUUUUGGGAUAAACAAUUAUUGGAUGGAUCGUUUGGUUACUUAUUUCCAUGACAAAUUUUCAAUCUCAGACCUUCCAGUUGUUAUUCCUCAAGUGACUCCAAUAUCUAAAUGUAUCGACUCUGGUACUCUCAACGCUUUCAUCUGUCGCCAUUUCUUAAAGAUAGCAAGCACAACUGUUUGGUUGAAUUAUCCUAUUGAAACCAUUGAAUAUAUUUGCAAAUUAGAUUUAAUGGUUCAUUCAGAAAUGCAAGUUUUCAAUGCAAUCAUGAAAUGGGCCAAUUUCGCUUCUAAUUCCAGAACGGAGUAUCGUGAAAGAUUAUUUAAACUGGUUAGAUACUGUAAUUUGGAAUGUGAAGAUUUGCGUAGAAUAAAAGGAAAUUAUUACGGCAAUUUUUCUAACCUUACAUCAAUAUUUUGUAUGCCUGCUAAAUGCAUUGGUGAUUGUGAAUUUGAUCGGAGUAAUCAAUAUUUCUCUGUCCUGAUAGAGGAAAUGGAUGGUACAGAUUUACGAGUCAAAGUACUUGACCGCAGUUUACACUCUUUAACUAAACAAGUCUUCAAAUUGGAUGAGUCAAUUUCUUUGCGUCUUUUUCCCAAUGAAUAUGUUUCUGAUAUAGUUUUUGAUUCGGGAAGCAAAAUGAUUCGUAUUGAUUGGAAGCAAAAAAAGUAUCGUUUGAUUGGCUUUAAUGAUUAUAAAAAUUAUUAUUACGAAAUCGCAAAAUGUAUCUUUAAAAAGCAAAACGAAAUAUGUUAUAAAAUUGAUGAGAAUAGAGACUACGAAUUUUUUGCUGGAUGUUCACUUCUCGAAUCCAAUGAACAGUUUGUUUUCUUUUCUAAACAUAUUGAUGCAAAGCAAGGCAAAAGAACUGCAAGUUUGCGUUGUUGGACAACACCAAGUGAUGCGACUAUUGAAAAAUCUCUCGGCGAUUUUAGUAGAAAUUAUCUGGCAACUAUUUCGGAUGAGGAUGUUUACAUUCUGACUUUUAAUCUUGAAUUAAUAAUUUGUACCAUAAGUUAUAUUAACGAUACAAGGAAAUUCGAACCUAGAGCUACAUCGAAAUUUGACGAUUUAAUUUUAACUUCAAUGCCAGGUCAAGAUAAAGUUAUGCUUAUCGAUAAAUCUACUAGGAUUGUUGAAUGUUUCAAUGUCAAAGAUAAAGAAUGGGUGACAAUUGGCCUUCUGGCUGAUGAAAUUAACCCUACUGAUGAUCAAAGAAAGUCCAAUAAGCUGUUAACUUUAACCUCAGCCUUUUUGCAGCUAGACAGGAUCAGGAUCCUUAGCUAAUUUUUACCGAAUUAGCUAUUUUAAGCAAAAGCAAUCAACGAAUUGGGACUGAACAAAAAUCAGUCAAUCUGAUUGUUUUUCAAUGAACAAUAAAUACGAUAAACAAUAAUCAAA